ACCCAGAAUGCUUUGCGUCAAAGAUGGCAGCUGAAGGAACAGGCAAAUAGCCGCAACGAUUUAACUUUGGUUGUCUCACAAAAUUAAUUUCCCAUUCAGAAUUGAUCACAUUCCAUUUUUUUCUUGAGACUCGUAUAUCCUUUCCAGUGGAAAGGUUGUUAAGUCACGCUUGGAAGUUUCCUUGAAGGAAAUAUCGUUUUCAGGAUUCUUAACUGAUUCUGUAGAAUCAUGGCCGCCGCAUUGGCAGCCAAACGUGAGGGACCACAGUUCAUCAGCGAGGUCGCAGUGAGGGGCAACGCUGCUGUACUUGACUAUAGUAGGACGUCUGUCUCGGCCCUAUCCGGGGCCACAGCGGGAAUCUUGGGUCUUACUGGAUUAUAUGGUUUCAUCUUCUACUUACUCGCAUCCUUCCUCCUCUCUCUACUGCUCAUCCUCAAGGCGGGUCGUCGAUGGAAUAAGUGCUUCAAAUCUCGACGCUUGCUUUUCACUGGAGGCCUUGUUGGGGGUCUUUUCACCUACAUCUUGUUUUGGACUUUCCUGUAUGGUAUGGUUCAUGUGUACUGAAGGGUAUACAGAGACGUUGUUAACAUGUCUAAGUUGAUGUGCUAUAUGCUAGGCCUAGUUUCCCACAUAUGUUGUUUAGAUCAGCAGCCACUAAAUUCCUAAGACAUUUUUGAUGAAUAUAUCUUCGAAGGAACUGUUAUUGCACUGAAGAUUAUCUUUUACCUUAGUCACAACACAGGCGGUUAAUGUACAUGUAAUUGGUCUUACACAGUGCUUCAUACUUUACAUUUGUUUUAACCAUACAGUCAGCUUCUGCUAGAGUGCACAAUGUCAACGUGCAUUUAAAUGGAAAACGUCAACCAUCUCUAUUUCAAGGAAUGUUGAUAAUCAGAGAACCUGCUAGUGAUCCAUUUUUGUCAGCUCUUUAAAAAUUAUGAAAUACAGUUAAUUAUAAGUGACCCACUACAUGGUUUAGUCCUACCAUAUGGUUUCAAGUAGAAUGUGCAGGUUACUUUAUUACCUUCCUGUAGCUCACUAACAUAGAAGUCUUACAUUGAGGAGGGUGGCCCUGUACCAACAUCAUUAUUUUCAUGCAAUGUUUAGUAGUAAGUUGUAGAUAACCAUUCCACCCAGUGUAGUGAUUUAUUUAAAUGUAUUUAGAAUGAGUAAUGUCAUCAAAACAUGUUAAAAUGUCCACUCUUUGUUGCCAUUUUUAACCAAUAAUAAUAAACUGUAAAAUGUACAAUUGAAAGACAUUGGAUUUUAAAGACAUGCAUUUGUUUAAAUUAAACACAGUAAUACCA